GCACAACCAAUUCUCUGGCCUGACUUGGUGUUCCAAAGUGUGUAAAGUCAGCGUGCAUGCUCCUGUGCGUUUGUGUCUCUGUGUGAGUGUGAGUGUAAGUGCAUGCCUGUGUUGAGCGUGUGUGUGUGUGUGUGUGUGUGUAUAAGAGAGAGAGAGAGAGCGUGUAGGUGAAAGGAACUGCAAGAGCAAGCAAGCACGUGGGUGCACACUUCUAUAAGAGAUAGAUAGAGAGAGUGAGAUAGAGAGGGAAGACGACAGAGCUGAUAGAAGCACAGGGCAAGUUGAGAAGCAGAGAGAAAAGAAGAAAAAAAAAGAUAGAGAAAGGAAAAGAAAGAGACCAUAGAUUUCAAGUGUAGAAUGGAUGACUAUGCCCUGUCCUUCUGGAUUUACAUGGGAGUCAUGUCUGUGUUCAUCGGAAGCACUCUGAAGAAGUUCCUGGCGACCCAUGUCAGUGUCGUGCCCUCGCUCGUGGCAUGGCUGGGUGCCACGCUGCUGGUGGAGAGGCUGUGUGCUAUGUGCAUGCCUGCUGUGCUGGCACUCGUCGUCUUCUGUGCCACCUGUUGGUUCUACUCGCUGUGGGCUGCCCCGCCAUCGCUGCUGCCUGUCGAAGGCAAAGCAGUUUUCAUCACAGGGUGUGACUCGGGUUUCGGGCAUGCAACGGCAAGGCGUCUGGACGCGAUGGGGUUCCACGUGUUCGCCACGGUACUGGAUGCAGACGGCGAGGGGGCCAAGCGUUUGAAGAGUACCUGCUCUCCUCGCUUGACCUUGCUUCAGGUGGACAUCACUCAGCCGCAGCAGGUUCAACAGGCCCUGCUUAACACCAAAGCCAAGCUGGGCAUGAAAGGACUGUGGGCUCUGGUGAACAACGCAGGAGUGUGUGUGAACUUUGGAGACGCUGAACUCUCGCUCAUGUCAAACUACAGAGGCUGCAUGGAGGUGAACUUCUUCGGGACAAUCUCCGUCACUAAGACCCUUCUCCCUCUGCUGAGACAAAACAAAGGUCGAAUCGUGACCAUCUCCAGUCCGUCAGGUGAACAGCCAUUCCCAUGUCUGGCUUCCUAUGGGGCCUCAAAGGCGGCUCUGAACCUUUUCGUUAACACUCUCCGUCAUGAGUUGGAGCCGUGGGGGGUCAAAGUGUCCACUAUAUUACCUUCUUCCUUCAAAACAGGACAAAGCAGUAACACAGAGUACUGGGAGAAACAGUACCAGCUCCUAAUUCAGAACCUGUCACCAAGCCUUUUAGAAGAGUACGGCGAAGACUACGUCAUUGAGACCAAGAACCUCUUUCAGAAUCAUGUCAAAUCGGCCAACGAGGACCUAAGCCCUGUCGUUAACACCAUCGUGGAGGCACUGCUCUCGCCGCAGCCGCAGGUACGCUACUACGCCGGGCCUGGCGUCGGCCUCAUGUACUUCAUCCACAGCUACUUGCCCCUGUACCUCAGCGACAAGUUCCUGCAAAAACUCUUUCUGAAGAAGAAGCUGAUCCCACGUGCACUCAGAAAACAGGACGAGCUGAGCCUCUACAAGGACAACAACAACGACAUCAUCAGCAACAACAAUAACAUCACCCUGAUGGAGUAAAUCUUUUAUAGCUUCAUGUAUAUAAAAGAUGCUAGAGGACCACUGAUGUAAUCCAUUCAUAGUGACCCAAUGCCAAUAUGUCUAUUUGUUUUUGUGCCGUUUUAUGUAAUGUAUAACGUGUUCUGUUUUUUUGUUACUAUUUUUUAAAUGAUUGUUGACUGGAUUUGCUUUUUAAGUAACUAUUAACAACCUUUUUAACACAAAUUUUAAUUUGGCUUUCUCCUUAUAUCAGCUUAUCUAUUCCCCCCAAAAAACUUUUUUUUUUUUAGAUAACAUUAAAUUUCACUAUGUGAUGAGAUUAGAUGUGUAUAGUUCAUACACCUUCCUUUUUUUGUUAAUAGCCUUAGUUACACCACAGAUCACAUAUUUUUACUUUGCUUACAAAUGUCCUUCAGAUGUCUUUGAAUCAGAAGUCCACAUCACUGAGCCACAUUCUUCACCUCACGUUCAGAAUGCUCCCACCAUUUGCUGCUACUUAGUGCAAAGUCCACUCAAGGCUCUAUUUCCAAUUCAGCACAUACAGUACAUUCAUAUACUUCAUCUAUUCUAAGCUGAAACUUCACUUUCAGCCUACUUUGUCAGCUGCAAGCAAUAUAUAACGUCCACCUGCAAUCACAAGUCACUGUAAAUCUCUUGUAAAUAAGUCAAUUUUUGUUAGGUAAAUCAAGCAGAGCCUGCAAAUUUUCUACCAGUUUUAUUUCUCUGUUUGUAUGGUUUCUUAUUUUCCAUGCCACCAUUAUUACUAAAGAUUACAAUAUUUAUUCCUGUUUCUUUAUUAAUCACUUAAACUGUGAAUUUUUAUACAAGAAAAAUUAAAAGAAUGAAAAAUAUAAAUCGUCCACUUGUUUAUUCUUGGAUCAUAUUAAAUUUGACUUUUUAAAUAA